CCGAUUGCACCGCGUCUUAGCCAGCAUGUACAUUUAUGAAUCAAGGCCGGAUGGCUGGCAUCCUUUCAGGCAACCGUCUAAACGAUUGGUGAACGCUUGGAAUGCGGUGAACGUGGACGUGGACGGAGUGCUACAACUGGGCCACGUCAUCGGACUGGAUGACAAUACAGGGGCUCUGCCGCGACUGAUUAUCGACUUUGGAUGCGCAACACAGCACUCCGUACUGGUCGAGUACGGAAUAGUGUUUGACCUGUGCGAGGCGUUACCAGCGAAAAAAAGAGGGAAGAAUGAGUUCUGCAGCGUCCCGGCCGGAGAGGAUUAUAAAGAUGUGCAGGUGUUGCUACGCAGUCAUCCCGAUCAGCCCUGGAAAUGGCAUCCCGCCAAACUCAUUCUGUCCGGCUUUGAGACUUUGAGUCACUACGCGCUGGUGGAGGUCAUGCUGGGCGGGGUGCAUGCACGUGAACUGCUUCCGGACGAGCAGAUAUGUGCGCCGCCAUCGGGUGAAGACCUCCAGCGACGGAUGGUUCGACCAGGUGAUUUCGUCAUCCGAACGUGCAGCGUGCCUCAAGGCUAUUGGACGACGGCUGAACCGACAGCGAGAGAUUUGUUCCGGCAGAAACUCGAGAACUUGUCCGGAAAGGGAGAAAACGACGGAAAGGGUUUGCGAAUACUUUCGGUUCUCAGUCAAACGAUAACCUAUCUGCAACGAAGUAGCGAAUCCCCGGUGUCAGAAGAAAACGCAGCAAGUUGUGGCACAGUGUAGACUAUAGCCACAGUUUUGUCCAUACCGACCUUUGCUUGGCAUAGGAUCAAUUGUGGAAAGAAGUAAAGCGAGACGCAAAGCCCAAGGGGACGGAAAUAGCUGAAGAUGUGGUUGAGACUAACAUUAAGCGAAAGCAGCCGUUACACCGCGGCGACGUGGACGGUUUAGCUUUAUCUCUGGAGAUUUUCGCGGAGACCUUCAAGUCUCUGGACACCAUCGAGCGGCAGCGUUGCCGGCGCGUCUGUCCCCUGUGGAAUGAGAUUCUGACGUUGGAGUAACUGUGCAAAGAAGUCUGCAUCUCGCUAAUGAACGAUGCAUAUGGCAAACUGCCGACCGAUUACGCCGCGUAUGCUUGCGUCUUCAAGUACAUCACGCCCGCCACGCGGAACAUCUGCAAUCGGGACGCCCAUGACGAGUGCGAAGACGGAUUUGAGCUGGAAAGCGCCACUGUCACGGGGGAGCUGAUCUUGCACAUCGGGAAAGUGCUAAGAGCAUCCAACAUCCGCAUUGACCGGUUAAUAAUGUACCAACGAUAUAUUUCCAUGCCAAUAGAAGAUAACUCUGUCUGGGAUUUUUUUGCCGGCAGUUACGAAAUGUAUGCCCAGCUGAAAUCUUGUUGUGAGCGGCUGAUUUGGAAAGAUCUCUCUCUAACCUUUAGCAUUGCGGUAGAUGUUAAUCAUCUUCCCCACAUGGAGUUUCACAUUCCUUUUGCUGUCUUCCCGCUAGAAAACUUCAGUGCGGUGGAUAUGUAUGAUUUCUACGAAACACACUUGUGUUGGAAUGAGCGUCUGGAUUUGGACCGGCUGACGCGGCGGACGGCACGACUGAAUGGAGGAAAAGGCGACCGUUUCCACGACAAUAUAAUUGAUAUUUUGGACAUGUGCCAAGUUGACGAUCCGCGUCCAUCUGCGCAGUAUACGGGCCGGGAUUGGUUGCUGGACAACACGGACGAGUUGGACGCGCGCCGUUUAAAUAAACUGUGCCGAUAUGUGUUGUCCUGCCUCGUCGGUAAUUUCACAGAUUGGUCCUCGCAACCCAGCGACAGCAGCGAAGGAUCAGAAGAAGAAUCAGCACAAGAAGCUGAAACUUAACGCUCGCACAGUUUGCCCCGGGACUACACUAAUCCCUUACAAAUGAGGCUCAUGAUUACGGUGAUAAUUAUUAUUGGUGUUUAUCGAAAUUGACCAGCUUACUGGAUAAUUUGAACCAGAGACUGAGCCUGUGUUUCGUGUUCACCAAUAUCAUAAUGUGGAAAAGAAUAAAC